CUGUGAGGUUCGAACCCACACGAAAAUAUGUGCAGAAGAUCUUAAGUCUCGCCCUUAACAUCUCGGGCAAACCAGCUUCUUGAUUUAUCACAUUAAAAUUCAAGUUAAUAGAAUUUACAGUAUUACCUUCAGAACAUUCUAGAACUACUGAGAAACUUCGAAUCGAAAUCAAAUCAAAAUAAUCCCAAAUAACAUUACAAAAUCCACAAACCCUAACACACACAAAAAAAUCCCUUUCUUCUCCAAACCAAAUCAAAUCAACAAUCUCAAACUCAUUCAUUCAUCAAUGGCGGAACAUUUAGCUUCAAUUUUCGGCACAGAAAAAGACAGAGUCAAUUGUCCAUUUUACUUCAAGAUCGGAGCAUGUAGACAUGGCGAUCGAUGUUCACGACUCCAUACAAAGCCAAGUAUAAGCCCUACCAUUUUGCUAUCAAAUAUGUAUCAGCGUCCUGAUAUGAUUACUCCUGGUGUUGAUGUUCAUGGUCAACCGAUUGAUCCGCGUAAGAUUCAGGAUCAUUUUGAAGAAUUUUAUGAAGAUUUGUUUGAAGAAUUGUCUAAGUAUGGUGAUAUUGAAAGUCUUAAUGUUUGUGAUAAUCUCGCUGAUCAUAUGGUUGGUAAUGUGUAUGUUCAGUUUAGAGAGGAAGAACAUGCUGGAAAAGCUGUUAAGAAUCUUACUGGAAGAUUUUAUGCUGGUAGGCCAAUUAUUGUUGAUUUCUCUCCAGUGACAGACUUUCGCGAGGCUACGUGCAGGCAGUAUGAGGAGAAUACUUGCAACCGUGGUGGUUAUUGCAACUUCAUGCACUUGAAAAGGAUUAGCAGGGAAUUGAGGCGCCAGUUGUUUGGAAAGCGCCAUGAGAGGCACAGCAGGAGCCGGAGCAGGAGUCCUUACAGGCAUCGGAGUUAUGAGGAGCGGUCUCAUCGCAGUCGUAGCAGUAAGUAUGAUGACAGGGACAGAGAUAGAGAAUAUCAUCGUGACAGUGAUAGCAGGAGGCGCAGGACUUCAAGUCCUGGAAGGAGGAGGGGAAGGAGUCCCAGUCGCAGUCAAAGUCCUGUUGGAAGGAGGAAUCGCAGUCCAGUCAGGGAUGGUAGUGAGGAGAGACGUGCGAGAAUUGAGCAGUGGAACAGAGAGAGGGAAGAGAAAGAACCAGCAAGUAAGGUUAAUACUGAGGAAACCAAUAAUGGCAAUAACGGGGGGCACUCUCAAAAUGCUAGCACAUUUCACGAGAAUCAGCAGCAACAUCAAUCUGCUCAGGAGGGAUAUUGAUCUGUCUAUGUUACUGGUGGUGCAGGUUCAGCCUAUGCUUUGGGAGGAUGUUUUAAUGGAUCUUUCAUCAUGUAUUAAUUUGUCGAUCUUGGCGAGCUGAGCAUCUUGGCGAGGACAAAGAUGACUUUAAUUUUAUUUUUCUCCUGCAUGUUAGAAUCCUUUCUUAUUGUGUAAGCUUUAGAUGCCUAUCGGAGACUGACUAUUGAACUUGGUAUUUUUAUAUUUCUCUUGUAAAAUUGUUACUGAGGCGAGGUGGUAGAUUUGAACGUUAACAGUG